UGUCAGAGAUGCAAGUAGAGAAUGUAUGCAACUAUCGAGGAUUCUUGUGGACAAUAAAAUCUUGGUCCCUGUACAGCACCUUUUCAGCAGCCAGCCAGCCAGCUGCCUCCGUACCAACUGUAUAUCAUCAGCUCCCGCAGGCUGCAACAACAUCAGACUCUAGCUGCAAAAGAGAAUCCAGGGAAAUAUUUCUGACCAGGAGCCGAGUGUUCAGAAAUUCCAGGGGAAAAAAGAGCCCGAUAAAAGAUGAGGAAGCUGGAUUUUUGCAGCACUUGUUUAGGAAGACUACAGACAAGCACCAACUGUCACAUUUAUGCUGUAUGAACAUUGCCUUUUUGGUGCUUAUUUGGAUUGGCAUCUCAAAGGCUCAGAAGGAUUGCACAGGUGUGGAGUGUAAGCACCUGGAAAAUUGCAUUGAAGAAGUGCUUGAGCCUGGUGAAUGCUGCGCUGCUUGUCUACAACAUGGCUGCACCUGUGAAGGCUACCAGUACUAUGACUGUGUGAAUGUAGGGUUUAUAAAUGGCAAAGUCCCUGAAGGGCAAUCCUAUUUCGUUGAUUUUGGAAGCACAGAAUGUUCAUGUCCCAAAGGGGGAGGCAAGAUCAGCUGCCAGUUUAUGCUUUGUCCAGACCUUCCCCCAAACUGCAUUGAUGCUGUGCUACCAUCCGACGGGUGCCCUCAAUGUGGAAGAAUAGGCUGUGUACAUGAUGAUCAGAAGUAUGCAGCAGGUCACACAUUCCAUGUGCCUCCAUGCAAGGUUUGCCAUUGUCCCAAUUCUGGAGGGGACCUCAUGUGCUAUCAGCUCCCUGACUGUAAUGAGUCUACAUUAAAUCCUCAUAACCUAUCUGAAUCGGAUGAUGUUGAACCAGAGAGGCACUAUGACGAUCCCUACAGUUAUGACCAAGAAGCACCAGAUGGAGACACUACUCAAGUGGAACCACCUAAAAAGUACUACAGCUAUUCAGCACAUACAGAGCCAGAGAGCACGGGUCAGGAGCAAAGCGAGGACUAUGACUAUCUUGCAAGCAGUGUUACUCCUUCUUCACUACCCCCUUCAGUUUCACGCACUGAAGAAGCUCUGCCACUGACCUUCACAAGUGCUCCUACACACCACCCUGAAACACAUCAUGCCACUGAAAAUAGUGAAGAAAGGACUUCUACAAGCACCAUCUCAACAACUAAAGGGCAGCAGUCAAAUCAUAAAAUGACUACAGCAAGCAGCAUUGAAAAAGAACCUGUUGUGGCAACAACUCGUGUUCCCAGAAAUGUGGCAGAAGUAGAGAGGAAGACUCAGGGGAACAGAGCAAGACACGAGCAAGAAGAAAAUGCCCGUUUUAAAAUCAAACUUAACAUGAAAAAAGACAACAAGCAGAAAGAAAAAUUAAUGGUCUUUAAGGAAUCCAACCUGACUCAGUCACAAGGGCUAAACUCUUUGCAUGAAAAACGGGAAGGUGAUCAUUUCCCCAAGGUCAAGUUUAAUCCAACACCACCAUCUCCUAUUGCGUUAAAAGAAGAGCAAAAUCAACUAUCUCCCAAACAAUCUCAGACACUUUAUCAUUACCAGCCUGAAGAAGAGGUAGAUCCCAAUUCAGUCCAUACUUCCUCCAGAUUACCAGAAGGUUCAACAAAAGAUUUAAUUGAAACUUGCUGUGCUGCUGGACAGCAGUGGGCUAUUGACAACAAUGAAUGCACAGAAAUCCCUGUAAGUGGAACAGAUGGUGAUAUUUGCAGAAUUGCUCAGAAGCAGUGUUGUAUAUCGUAUUUAAAGGAAAACAGCUGCAUUGCUGGCAUGAUUGCUGCCAAAGAAGGUGAUUUGUGUGGACCGGAUGAAAGUGAUACCUGUGGAGGAGCAUUUUAUAAGCAAUGUUGUGAUUGCUGCUCAUUGGGCCUAAGAGUAAAAAAUGAAGGUCAAAGGUGUGAGCCCAACCCAAAUCUUGGCUACCCCUGCAACCAUGUGAUGCUUUCUUGCUGUGAAGGAGAAGACCAUCUUAUUCCUCCUGAGCUAAAAAGGCACCCUGAACCGCUGCCAACAGCAACACCUGAGAAACUUUCAGAAAUUGAGGAUCACAAUGAAGCCUUGUCGAUCAGUAAUGAAGCCGAAUUGUCAAACAGCUUACCUGGAGAUGACCUGGAUGAGUGCCUCGUCUAUCCUGGAGAGCUCUGCCAGCACCUCUGCAUCAACACAGUAGGGUCCUACAAGUGUUCAUGCUUCCCAAGAUUCACUCUGCAGGAUGACGGACGGGGCUGCAAUCCAGAUUUUGAAGAAGAUGGACAAAACACUGCCUCAGCUGACAAAGCCACAGUUGCUUCAACAGCCUUGAACAUCCCAUCUGUGGCCAACAAUUCUUUACACAUAGAAGAAGAUAAGUGUAAAGAUAAUGGACCAUGCAAGCACAUAUGUCAUGUUAUGGAAGGAAAGAUUAUGUGCUCUUGUUUACCUGGGUUUGCCCUCAUGUUGGAUGGGGUUUCCUGUGAAGAUAUUAAUGAAUGUAUAACAGAUGCUCAUACCUGUAAGAGAGGGGAACGCUGCAUUAACACAAUUGGGUCAUUUACAUGCCUCCAGCAACUCAGCUGCCAUUCAGGCUAUGAACUUAAGGAUGGUGAAUGUGUUGACAUUGAUGAAUGUGAGAGAGGAACUCACAGCUGCAAGAUAAACUUUGUAUGUCAAAAUACGAAAGGCUCAUUCUAUUGUGAAUCAAAGCAACGAUGCAUGGAUGGAUUUUUGCAAGAUCCAGAGGGAAACUGUGUGGACAUUAAUGAAUGUACAUCACUUUCUGGACCAUGUAAACUUGGAUUCAACUGCAUCAAUACCGUGGGGUCAUAUACAUGUCAGAGAAAUCUGUUAAUGUGUAGUAGAGGGUACCAUUCAAGUGAAGAUGGAACCAGAUGUGUUGACGUUGAUGAAUGUCAGACUGGUGUACACCGCUGUGGAGAGGGACAGACUUGUCAUAAUCUACCUGGAACUUACCGCUGUGACUGCAAGAUGGGAUAUCAGUAUGAUGCUUUCAGCAGAACUUGUGUUGAUCUAAAUGAAUGCUGGAAUUAUCCUGGCCGAUUAUGUCAACACUCAUGUGAAAAUACUCCUGGGUCCUAUCAUUGUUCCUGUUCUUCUGGCUUUCGUUUGGCUUAUGAUGGGAAGCACUGUGAAGAUGUCAAUGAAUGUGACAACAAUCCAUGCAGUCAAGAAUGUGCAAAUAUUUAUGGUUCCUAUCAGUGUUAUUGCAGGCAAGGCUAUCAGUUAGCAGAAGAUGGUCAUUCUUGCAAAGAUAUCGAUGAGUGUGCACAAAGUGCCGGUAUUUUGUGCACUUUUCGGUGUCUAAAUGUGCCUGGAAGUUAUCAAUGCGCUUGCCCUGAUGUAGGCUAUACCAUGGCAGCAAAUGGAAGGACUUGUCGUGAUAUUGAUGAAUGUGCAAUGGGAACCCAUAAUUGUUCAUCAGCAGAGUCAUGUUACAAUAUUCAAGGCAGUUUCCGAUGUCUUUUGUUCGAGUGUCCAGCUAACUACAGAAAAGUGUCCGAUAUGAGGUGUGAGCGUAUCAACUGCUUCAACUAUAUGGACUGCCAGAACACUCCCUUGCGAAUCACUUACUAUCAGCUUAACUUCCAAACCAACAUUGCAGUCCCAGCUCAUAUUUUCCGAAUUGGUCCCUCACCAGCUUAUGCUGGAGACAACAUAAUCCUUACCAUCAACAAAGGAAAUGAAGAGAACUACUUCAGCACUAGAAAGCUUAAUUCCUACACAGGAGUUGUCUUCCUUCAACGGCAAGUGAAGGAACCCAAAGACUUUUUGUUAGACGUCGAGAUGAAGCUUUGGCGUCAAGGAACAUACACCACUUUUCUGGCCAAAAUUUUUAUCUUCAUCACUUCUCAUGUCUACUGAGGCAAUGUGUCUUGCCCUGGGAGUUUACUGGUGCUAUGGUCUUUAACUUUUCUUCCAGAUCAUGGUAUUAUUAUUAUUAUUAUUUUAGAAAAGCUGUAUCUAGCCUUUGAUAUGAUUUUUCUAGUACAUAAAAUAUUUUUUGUAAAAUUAACUUAAAAAUGUAUUAACCUGUUUUGCUUGUAACUCUUUGUAUUUUUAACAGAGAAAAAGAAGGCUUUGAGUUUUAAAGCAAUGUAUGUAUAAUAGUUACAAUGUGUUCUCUUGGAAUGUUCUGUGGUAUUGCACCAGUGAGGAAUUUAAAAUAGAUUCUUUCAAAUUUAAACAUUUACCCAUUCAGCUGAUUUCAAUGGGAAAAAUAAACAUGUGGACAUUGAGAUCAAUUAGGCUAUUAAAAGUACUUGAGUGCGUGUGAAUCAUGCCCUUACAUAGGUUGGAUGCCUUUUUCUGGUCUUCUUGAUACUAAGUGAAGAAUAAUUGCAUGGCAGACAGAAAAUUCAACCAAUUAAUUCCUUCGGCCUACUGAGCUCCCUUUUUAGUACAUCUUUUCAACAGACAAGAAACCUCAGGAUGCACUUAAUGUAGACGGAGAGCUUACGUGUGUGGGCUGUGAUCUUAUAUCAGCAUCUGUCUGUAGCAUGCCAGCAAAUCAGAUGCUGACGUGUCAUCUUUCCCUCUCCCAUUUGCUUGCUGGCUUCUGUGGCAGGGGCUCUUAUUCCUUCUCUUCUAGCUGGAGCAGUGAUGGCAAGCAAGCUGAGAAGCAAGAGGGCAAAGUACAGCUGACAUAGCAGCACCUGAUUUGCCAAUGUGCAAGAGAAAAGUAUUAACUGAGAAACAAAUCUUUUUCCAGCACCUUUAGUGCCCUGUUUAUCAUCAAUCUUUGCAUCAGAAACCGGCAGCCUUAAAUAGCUGGUUGUUGUGAAAGAAAGGAAGCUGAUCUUCUUUAGUGUUAUCCUGUAUCUAGAAAAGGGCAGCCUGGGCAAUUUUUUUUUCAUAGUGUUACUUUUCCACAGAUCUUAUACUAAGGUGUUCUAAUAACAGGGUUUGAAAUCUGCUUCAACACCACCCCAUCAGAUCCCGAGUGAUUAGGUCAGGGGCAUUCUAACAGCUAUAAAAAAACCAGUGGUGAGCUGCUGCACGACUGUGACUUCAGCAUUGCCACACUCAGCACAGCUUCACCUAUUGUGCAUCUGUUGCUGUGUGUGCCUCAGUUUCUCAUCAGAAACCUGAUGACAACAUGCAAACAGCCUUAAAGUUGGUGUAUACUGUGAUUGUACACUGUGUAGCCAUCAUGUUUGCUAUACAAAAUGUAGAGCUGCCCUUCAAUAUGCAGGCCAGUGUUUGCGAUUGUGGUGCCAAAUAGAAAUCCAGAUACUUGGUAUUAAGUUCUUUUCCUUUCCCUGUAACUUAACAGCCCACAAGCCACACAUCAAGUAUUUUAUAAAUAAUUUGUGACUCCGUGGAUAAAUAUGGCUAGAUCAUAUGAGCAUUUUCUUAUCUUGCCUGACAGCAAGAUCUUUAAUUUCUGUUGUUCAGAAAUAUUCUGUAGAUGGUCAGUCCAUGGAGUAAUAUAUUGGUUGCAAAAUAAAUUGUCACGGAGGCAGUUAAAAAGAAUAUGGGUGGUUGAAUCAACUUGAUCUGUACAAUGGUUACAAUAGCACUUCUCAGGGAGGAUUUUACUAAAAUGGCCUUUUGUCUCAGCAGAAGGCAACACAUUGCAUCUGAGUAACAUAAAAGAACGCCAAUAUUUUGGAAGUGUUAAGUAGAAAAAAUAUUUAGCUGGCUCAAACAUUUUCUGAUAGGAUAAGUGAAAAUCAAUUGGGGAGCAUUUCUGAUAAGCUCUGGAUUUUAAUGUAGUCCAGUCUUUUUAAAAUAAUUGGUUUCUUACAUCUUGCAAGGAUUUUUUUAGUGAAACUCUAUGAAUCAAACUUGGGUUUAAUAUUGCAAGCUUUGAGUCGAUUGGGUUAACCCAAGUUUUGAACCAAUUGGCUAUUACCAGUUGCAGUAGAGACGGUAAAGCAUUAGAUUCAUGGAGUGACAAUCUGAAUUUAAUGGCAUGGUACCAUGCUAAUGUUGAAAGCUGAGGGAGUCCCAGUUUGAGCCGCACCACAGCUGAAGGUACACUAGGAGGAAUUAAAAGAAUCUUACAAAAGAAGGUUUGCUGAAGCUUAUCGAGUGGGUCCAUUGACCCAAAUUGGGGCGGCAUAGAGCAAUUUGGGGAGAAUGUUAUCUUUAUAUAGCAUUAACAAGAGUGGGAUAAGUUGACCUCCUUUGGUGUAAAAAAAUUUCUUAAAAAUAGUUAAUGUCAUUUGGGUCUUCCCUAUGACAAAUUUUAUUUGGGAGUUCCAGGUCAAAUCAAAAUUAAACAUCACACUGAGAUAUUUGAACUGUAACUUCUUUGAUGGUUUCUCCAAAAAUUUGCCAGGGAUGUUCCUUCAAGUGUCUUGACUUAGAGAAUCUCAAGAUCUUUGUUUUGGCAAAAUUUAUGGUCAGCAACUCUUGGGCACAGAAGGUACAAAAAUCAUGUACAAGUUUUUUCAGGCCAACUGGAGUUUGACUGAGAAGAUUUCCUACAAUAAUUUAUGUAGCCUUUUCCUCAACUACAAACACAUCUCUAAUGGGUCUAAUCUGGGUGGGAGCACAACCGGUGCUUAAAGUUAAUAUUUGCUAAAGCAUUUGCAAAGUUAGGUUAGGGAACAGAAGGAAGUGCUAUGUUUUCUUGCUGACAUUUGCAGUUUGGGGUACUUGCCUGGUUUAUAUUUAAACUUAAUCCUAAAGCAACACCUCAUUUUCAAUGAAUUCGAGGUGCAGACAAGGUGUAUUAUACUUUUUCAAGGAAAUGCCAAAGAUUAAGUAUGCCAAACCAAAGAUGAGAAAUGCCAAAGCAUUUUAACACUUCAUUGAAUUGCAUGCAUGUCCAAUUAGUAUGUUAAGAUAAAACUUGAAGAAAACAAAUGAGAUUUAUUUUUCUGCAUUACCAGCCUGAAUGGCAUGGUGGAAAUGUGGGAAGCUAGUUAAUCUGGGAGCUUGUAGAAGUCAUAGGUGUGCUAACAGAAGUAUACAAGUUUAAAUUUUUUUUAAAAAAAUGUUCAUACUUUAUAGAAAACCGAAUGAGAUCCAGACCUGAUGGUGCACAUGUGCUAUUGGGUAGCUUAAUCAAAAGAUUUGUUGAAACUUACAAGUGAACAGAAGAAUUUCAAAACAAAUGUUUGUUUUUUAGAUACAGUGCUCUAGUUGUAUUAUUUUAUGGAAUAUCUAUUAACAUAGUUAUCCUGACUCUACAAAAAUAUUGAUGAAAAACGUAAAUACAAUAUAUAGGAUUCUUGUUGUUUUACAGUAGAUUUUUUAAAUCUUUUCCUUAUUCUCCAGUGGAUCUUAUUUUGUAUAUAAAACAAAGGAGAAGUCAUAUCCCAAAUCUUUUUUUUUACAGUGAUCUGCAAUAUUAUGCAAUGUAAAAUACUAAUUUGUUAUGGAUUAAAUGUGUAAAUUCCUCUUUUGUUUAAGGGGAGUGGAGAUGAGAAAAUUCUGUACUGUUCUCACCUGAGUAACCAUUCCAACACUGUCAUUUUUGUUCAGAUAUCAGUGCACAGUAAAAUAUCAGUAUGGUUUUA